AUGAUCCUCAGUUCGUCACGGGGUCGCGAGGGGUACGCAUUGGCUUUGUCGAUUGGCCGUAUCCACGCUCGUUCGUCGCAACGCGCGAAAAUCGUACAAACUCGUUGAAACAUUUUUCCGUCGCGUGCAAACGUAGUUUCCUCGAUCGUGAACCGAUUAACCCGUUCGAUCAGUGUCUCUCUGUGCGGUGUCAUGUCGCGAAGUUACACGUUACGCGCGUGAUUCGACGUAACGAGGAAGACAGUGUGCUCCCAAGGACAAAGCGAGUGUAAAUCAACAUCCUGCGCCACGAGAAAGAAGCGAACUACUCCGGCUGUUCUUGUUGUCAUCAAACGUUGACGAGGCAGAAAUGGCACGGCCAGAGUCACGGUGAGAAAAGGGCGAGGGUGAAGCCCUCGCGCGAGACGAGAGCUAUGGUGAAAAGCUUCGGUUUCUUCGCCAGAAGGGCAAUACCUGCCUGCCACCAUCUUUUCCUUUUUCUCGCACUGGCCGCAACUACGACCGCCGUAGACCUCUCCCAAUGCAUCGCGCCGCUCGGCAUGGAAUCCGGCGCGAUCCCGGACGCGGAUAUCACGGCCAGCUCUACCUUCGACACAGGAAACGUCGGACCACAGCUAGCACGAUUAAAAGUGGAGAAUCUCGGUGGCGCAUGGUGUCCCAAGAAUCAGAUCACCCAAGAAGCUCGAGAAUGGCUUGAGAUCGACCUUCAUACGGUUCACUUGAUCACAGCUACCGCCACCCAAGGUCGUUUCGGCAAUGGUCUCGGCGUUGAGUAUGCAGAAGCGUAUCUGCUCGAGUACUGGCGACCACGUCUGGGCAAGUGGGUUCGAUACAGAGAUAUCAAAGGGAAAGAGGUAAUACAGGGUAACACGAACACGUAUUUGGAGUCCAAGCACGAGCUGGAGCCACCUCUGUGGGCGAGCAAGAUCCGUUUUCUGCCCUACAGCCAUCACACGCGGACGGUUUGCAUGCGGGUCGAGCUGUACGGAUGUUACUGGAGCGAUGGUGUGGUAUCCUAUUCGAUGCCCCAAGGUGAUAAAAGGGGUAAUGGAUGGGAGUUCUUCGAUGCCACCUACGAUGGACACUGGGACGGUGAGCUGCGUCGUGGCCUGGGUCAGUUGACAGACGGCAGGACUGGUCCUGAUAACUUUAAAAUGGGAUAUUAUGAUAACGAUCGUAACCAGGGAUGGGUCGGUUGGAGGAACGAUACACGUGGACAGCCGGUCGAGAUCAAGUUCGAAUUCGACAAGGUCAGAGAAUUCUCGGCCAUUCAUAUCUACUGCAACAACCAGUUCACCAAGGAUGUUCAGGUGUUCUCCCAUGUGGACAUACUGUUCAGUAUAGGAGGCAAAUACUACACAGGUGAACCGAUCACAUACACCUACAUGGAGGACAAGAUUUUCGAAUCAUCGCGAAACAUCACCAUCAAACUCCAUCAUCGCGUAGGUAAAUACGUGAAAUUGAGGCUUCACUUCUCGUCCAGGUGGAUCUUGAUCAGUGAGGUGACGUUCGAUUCUGACGUGGCUCACGGUAACUUCACGCCCGAGGAAGCACCGACAACCGAGUCACCUAUUCAGAGCGACGUCUUCGUGGAGAAAAACGGUGCCGCGGAGGGUGAACUUCCGGUCUCGACAGCGAAGCACGACGACCCGACGUACAUGGCGGUCGUGAUCGGCGUGCUAACCGCCGUGAUCCUUCUGCUCGCCGUGGCGAUAUUUCUGAUUGUCUCGAGGCAUAGGCAACGCAAGUGUUUCGCAAGUCCCAUGACCGGCAAGGCGCCAUCUCAUCUUGGAUCUACCUGUGCUACCGUGGAAAAAGGAGCUGCAUUGAUGGCGUAUACCUUGGAGGACGACGAAAGAUACGCCGGCGGUUCGUUACCGACGCUGCCACGGGACCUGGGGAACCGUCUUUUGGACAUCGUAAAGCUCGACGACUAUCAAGAACCGUACCAGGCAUUAAAGUACGCGCCGUACUACAGCUACAGCACCGUCGUUAUGGAGAUGAAAGACAUGAUGCUGAACAACAAGGGCAGCAACAUCAAUCACUCAGCCAAGCCCUCUCCACCUGCUCCUCUGUUCAACGCCCGUUCCUCCUUUGCUAUAUCAUCCACAGCGGUGUACGCGAACGGUGCAGUUGACACAUCGUACGAUUAUGCGGUACCGGAACUCGGCACGGUCCCCCUGCUCAACCAGGACGGCACAGGACGAGCGGCUGCCGUUUCCACCGGAACCACCGACCAGGACAGCAUCUUCUCCAAGACUUCCUCUCGCAGCAGUAAGACGGAAAAUAAGAAGUCGCCGACUCAACAGGAGGUACUUUCGGCCCUGAAGAGACGUCUGGAGCAGACGAGCGUACCGCUCUUCCCACGGCAUCGCCUCCGCAUGCUCUCGAAACUUGCCGAAGGGGCCUUUGGAACGGUGUACGUGGCAGAAGCCGAAGGGAUACCGGAGUACGGAUCGACCACCACCGUUGGCAAGCGUCUCGUCGCCGUCAAAUUUUUACUGCCCGAAGCCAGCGAGAAGGAAAAGUUGGAUUUUCAACGAGACGUGAGGAUCCUGGCAGCCCUGGAGGACCGCAAUAUCGCGCGAGUCCUGGGAGCCUGCUGUCGCGAGGAACCAUACUGCGUUGUGAUGGAGUACCUGGAACACGGGGAUCUCUGUCAGUUCCUGAAAACUCAUAUCACUGCUGAUGAUGCUCAUUCCAUGCCGAUCGGCGUUAAAACACUCAGUUUCAACUGUCUCAUCUACAUGGCGGCUCAGAUCGCAUCGGGCAUGCGGUACCUGGAGAAUCUGAACUUUGUUCACCGGGAUCUGGCUACUAGGAAUUGCUUGGUGGGCAAAGCUUAUCACAUUAAAAUCUCGGAUUUCGGUACGGACAACGAAUUGUACGCGUGCGAUUAUUACAAAGUCGAUGGCACCGUGCCCCUGCCGAUACGCUGGAUGGCCUGGGAAUCCAUAUUUUUGGGCAAGUACACGACGAAGAGUGACGUAUGGGCGUUCGCGGUGACCCUAUGGGAGAUCUUGAACCUCGGCAGACGCGUUCCCUACGAGCACUUGUCGGACGAGGAAGUGGUCCAGAGCCUGCGACGAUUACAUCGGGCGACCGACUGCAACGACACCGGUGGCGAGAACAAUUGCAAAGAGAAUAACGAUAAUCUAUUCGACUAUUUACCACAACCGAUCGCCUGCUCCAAGGAUAUCUACGAUCUCAUGCUGGACUGUUGGCGACGCGAGGAGACCGAGAGGCCGACCUUCCGAGAAAUCUCCAUGUUUCUCCAGAGGAAGAACCUUGGAUACGCGCCUACAUCCUGAUACUGAACGUCCAGGAUAGUCGAUGAGCACGAUAAUCGUGGCGCUUGCCACGCGUGCCCGGCUAAAAAUCAUUCAAACGUCGACCGACGGACGAUCGAUGACACGUUCUAUCCUCACUGGAUAACCGUAAGAACGAGAUUCUGAAAUGAUUGUAACAGAGAAGUUCGAUGAUACAUCGAAGAAUCGGAUACAACGACAAGGUCCCUGGCUCGGUUCCCGUCAACGAAAAUGAACGAGUUUCUUAGGUUUUCUGAUAGAAGUUAAUCGGAAGACGACUUCCAGGCAGGUGGAUACUCAAGCUUCGUAAUAUUCCCUUAGUAUGUAAGGGAAAUCGUCGGGAUCUCGGCUUGUUUAAGGGUAGAAAAUACAAAUCGCGGAACUGUGAAUUCGACAAUCGAACGAAGAGAACGUUAGGCGAUACUUUGUUCGUCAAAGUUGCAGAGAAUCUCGUGGAUCUCGGUGGUCCUUAAUGAUCGUCGAGAAUUUAGGAGCAAUAUCGUGUAAUCGUAAAGCUGUGAACAUUCCUGCAUGGGUUUAAAUACGUAUCUUCGAGGUAAAUAGGGGAUAUUCGUUACUUAAGGAGUUAGAAGUUAUAUCUUCUUGGAGUACGCGCUAUUUCUGGUAGCGAGACAAAAUUCGGAGAGGAAAUUGUGAAAAUGGUAAGAAAUCGCAUCGGCACUUAUGGCAAUAUACGGUAAAUAAAUCUCCUCGAUGGGUUUUUGAUCGAUGAUAAUGAUUGUACGUGUAUAAAAUGAUGUGUGAAUGAGGGGUGUUUGUGGAAACGUGUAGGUGGUUAAAAUUCGUCGUGCGUAAAUUAAUCGUAAUCAUUAGACGCUCAUUAAGCUUUUCUGAUUCGAACGAUUCGACGAAGCGAACGAAGACUGUCGAAUUUCGUGUUUUAUUGUACACGAUGGAAUCUCUCUUUUAGAAAAAAUUACAUCGACGCUGAACUUUCAAUCGGUUCAGCUCGCACGGGAAAAUCCGACGAUAUCAUAUUAAUUCACGAGGGUGAGAACGGUAGAGAUAUUUGUUGGAAGGGGUGGUGGCUCGCACCACGGACUAUGACACAUCAUAAUUGUAACUUUAUAUGAUAGGCGGGAUCAAUACAAACACAAAGAAAAAAAAAUGAACUAGUAUAUUGUACAUAUAGGCGUACAUCGAGAAAUUAACAGAAAAGAAAAAGAUCAUUAUAUCAUUGCGAAACUAAACGACGAGAUUAGCAACGAUCAAACAAUUCGAGGUAUAGUCCUUGGAACUGGGUUCCUUUCUGUCUCUACUAAACAUGGUUUCAGUAAAAAAAAAAUGAAACGGGUUCUUCUGGAGAUGGAACAGAAUUGUUCGAUGCGAAACUCGAAACAUAUCGGGUGCUUCGUUUCAGAGGGAAACGAAGCUAUAAGGGUAGGAGAUACGACGAAUUUGUAAGAUUUCAUGGUAAAAGAAACACUGUUCGUUUAGCGAUGCUAUUCUCGCGUCAUUCAACUAAUUAACCAUUCGAAUCGUUAUGUUCCAUGUAUUUAUACCGGAUGAAUACUAUUAAUAGCAUUCGCAAUAUCUAGUUGGUAGGUGAUGUUACCGUUACAACAUUAAAAAUACUAUUUAUAUAUCUUAAUGUAACGCCGCGUAAAGGAGUAGAUUAAUACCAGAGACAUAGCCAUUCGUAUAUAAAUCGUACGCGCGUUGAAUUUAAACGUAACAAAGAUCGCUUCCCUCUGUGUUUGCCGACGAGGAAAAUAAAGAAAGGGGGGUUGAAAUGAUCGUAACUGAACACAGUGUAGCUAAGUCAAUGAAAUGAUCGUUAACGAAGAGACGAAUAAUUAAGAAACAUUUUUCCCUUAUUAAGGAUAAACGUAGAAUCAUUCAGGACCGUAGAAUUUUAUACGAAAAUCAGGCAAUUUCGUUCUCAUAGAGUAUAUUAGUGUGUUAAAGAAAAGUGAAAAAAAAAAAAGAAAAUAACGAAACCGCCGUCACUCGUGACAUUAAAAAAAAAAGAAAUUAUGAAUCAUAGUUGCGUUUAGAUUCAUCGAUGUAAGCAUAAUUGCUGCCUUUGGCUGUAUCGUUGCCCCCUACUGCUAACGAGUAACUCACUUGUCUACUCAUGUGAUAAUUUAAUAUAUCUCUGCGUAUCUACCUGUACCUACACCGGUUCGAAAAUCUUUGUAGCAAAAAGGAUCGUUUCUCUUGCGCUGCAUUCUAUCUAAAUUUUCAUGACCGACAGAACUAUCUUUCUUAGGGGAUGAAAUAAUAAUUAAAUAUACAUGGUGAAUUUGUUCUUAAAUUUUACUUGAUUCUUUUGAAAAAUAAGUGUAUUUAUAAUAAUUUUAGAGUGAUUAUUUUCAAGGUUUGUAAAGAGAGGUCUAAGAGGGGCUACAGCCCUGGCCCCACUUUCCAAGAGGUUCCAUUAUAAACUUUUCAUUUACUAUGCCAAGAAAUAUCGAAUGAAAUUUUUUUACUGUUGCUGUUUUUUUAAUAAAUUUCAAUUUUUGAAGCAAGAUUAGCAACCAAAGGGGCCCCGAGCCUAAUGAAUUUUGACAAAAUUUCACCGUCUACUGUAAGAUAUUCCGUCGGUAAAUAUUCUUUGCCAUAACUGCAUCGAUCGCUUAAAGAAACUCGUUUCAACGAACCUAAAUGUAUCAUUAACGUCGCUUCGAUUCGUGAGCUCCACGUUGAUUUGAACGAUCCCAAUUGAACGGGGUGAAUUGGCAAUCGGUGAAAUAUCCCACGAAGCCAAACGCGUAUCAAUUCUUUUUUUAUCCUCUAAUAAUUUCGCAACAAAGUGUAUGAUCGACAAUCAAGCCUCGAUGCUUCCGGGAUCGUUUAAUCUUCCAAGUUAAAGUUGAUGUUAAACGACAUCAACACCAGGAAGAGAAUCGCAAAAAAUGGAAUUGCUGUUUCCUUUCGUAAGUAUCAGUUUUACGCGCGAAUAUUGCAGAUUAUUAAUUUGCUGUUUUACAUGAUAGGAGAUAAGAAAAUUUUAAUUACUUUUCAAAAUAUCAAACGAUAAUAAGGGUAUCUCUCUUUACAAGAUGCAUUAUUAGUAUUAAGACUCUAUUUUCUCAUUCGAAUCGUAGACAAAUGUGUCUCGUAAUCUUAACCAAUAUCGAAUUAGAUUGCAAACAUAUCCUGAACCUCUCAAGCCUCGAAUUUUGUUGUAAGAAACGGUGUGAUCGCUUGAAGGAUUUGAUUUAGAGAUAAGGGAAUACGGGUUAAUCGAACGCAAAUCUGUCUACAACUCGAAAAUGAAAAUAAAUAAAAUCUAGUCUAUCACGGAGAUCGAAGAAUUGAUCUGUAGAUUAUUAAGUACCAUUUAAAUUCGUAGUUCGUUUUUAGGAAUGAAGCAACAGAAUCACAGAUACACAAGAAUUCUAUCAUGUAAAACAACUUCUCUAUGGAUUUGACUGUUUUAAGAAAAUUAUUAAAUUAUUGAAUCUAAUUUCUAACACAGCCGAUUGUUAAUCGGACGUGGAAUUAAGAGAAAUGUAGAGGUAAUCGCGGAAGACUGUGGAGAGCUCACCUAGCUAUAUAUCUUCUAUUCAGGCACAGGCAAUCUCUGGCUUUUAUCAUCGCGCAAUAUACAAUCAUGUUAUUCAAUUUUCAGUUACCAUCUACUGUUCAGAGACUAGGAGUAAAAAAAUAGGGAAAGAAAUGCGGGUACGAUUGGUCGUAGUCGAUACGUUACGCCUCACGCGCAUGCGUUCUAGAUCGUCGCGCGCUAUUGGCCGAUGCGAUCCACGCUAAUCGCGUCGCCUGACAAAGAACAAUUAGACUUCGCGACAAAGCGAGAUGGUACGAAGUCAGCAUUGCAGCGAGGAUCAAACGUCGGGACAAGGCGGAACGUGCGCUUGCUUACUUCUAGUCUCUGAACAUUACUUACUUUCGUGAAUCAAUCGUUUUCAAUUCUCAAUAACGUGCCGAAUUAUCUCUCGUCGCGUGUAACUAUCAGUAUUAAUUUCUCACCAGUGUCGUUCUCCUUCGUUGUUUUACAACGUUCAUCAUUUCUUUGCCUUCUCCUUUUUUCAAUAGAAACGAUAAAAUUUGAUAAAAAUGAAUGAUUUUCUUCCUAUUAAUUAAACGAUACGUUCUAAUAACAAUUAGCGGAAAAGCUGUAAAUACUGAAAUUAAAAAUGUUUGACGGAAAUUGAGUUUUCUGCUUGAAAAAGGAAACGGGGCGAGAGAAAAUGAGA